AUGUUCUUCUUAUUCUUUUUCACUUUCCUUUUCUCUUUCUCUCUCUCUAUCUUUUUUUUCUGCAAAAGACUUAGACGACAGCACAAAGCCCAUGACGACCCUUUACUUAUCGACCCAUCUUUAUCGAAAUUGAUCAGUGGAGCUCGAAAGACCGGUGAAGAUGGCCCAACCCAUUUCUCCCAUUCGCUUCUUCUCGAUAUCUUGCCCGGUGUUCUGUCUGGUGGCGACCAGGAUAAGAUCGGGUCGGGUCACGGAGAAGAGAGAGACGGGUCGGUUGAGGAUUUGAAAAGGGUUAAAAAGAAGAAGAAGAGGGCGAAGAAGAAGAGAUUAUUAGAUUUGAAGAGUGAAGAAAAUGGUUGUGGUGGUGAUUUAGAGAAAGAAAGGGAACAUUCGGGUCCGGGUCCGGGUCGGAUCAAGCCGGAAUUGGUAUGUCUGUACCCUUUUACUUCAACGAGUAGUGCUACACAGAGGAAGAUCAAGCAACAGUAUGAUCAGCUUGUCAAGUGCAAUGAAAGCAAUGGAUUGACAUUAGCUCAGGCAAUGGUACUUGCAUCUUGUUUGAUGCACUUAGGUUGUGAAGCUCUAAACAUGAAGAUUAAAGAUAUGGAUGUGAAGCGCAGAGGUUUAAAGCGAGCCACAAAGGUUGGAGAAUUUGCUAAUUGCUUGAUUGAGGCUAGAACCGAGUUGCAACACAAGUCUGAGGUCAUCAAGCGUAAGUUCACAAUAACAAAGGCUCUGCUAUUCAAGGCAGACAGAUCUUCAAUUGAUCGGCUUCGUCAACAGAUAUACAAGCUAGAGUUAGAACAAAAAAGAUUGGAAGAGGAUGCUUUUGUUUAUAAUUGGCUUCAGCAACAGCUUAAACUCUCUCCAGCAUACAAGAAGGUGAGAAUUGUAGAGAAAGGGAAGGAAAAUGAUAGAGAUGCCUGCAUGGAGUUGAAGGCCAAGUCUGGAGAGGUAAUUGAGAAGAAAGAAACUGAAUUUGCUGAUAUUUCCUUUGAAGAGCUAUUAGCACAAGAAAAGAAGGAUGCGUUUUGGCAGAAAAAUGGCAAAUUGCGAACAUACUCAACCUGA